AGCUACAUUCGUGUUACUUUUUUCAUUCAAAUUUAGAAUUAGCACUGAUUGCUUGAUAACCCUUUAUGAUUUUAGCGGGAAAGAUCGGAACCUGAAUAUUGCUGAGUUAUUGUGUGCCUCUUGUAAUAGAUGGUUUCACGAAUCAUGUAUUGGGUACCAGUUGGGAAAGUUGGUGCCAUUUAUGACAAACUACUUGUUUAUUUGCAAGAACUGCUCACCAACUGGACUUGAAACUUUCAAGAGAACCAAGCUCAAUUCCCACAAAUGUGUUUGACGGCAAUAGCAAACUUGAGACAGGAGUCAGUGAAGGACAACAGCAACAGAGCCCUGUUCAGUAAGGAUAGAGAGAUCAUACCAUACAUAGACCAGUACUGGGAAGCAAUGACUACCAUGCCUAGAAGAGUUACUCAGUCCUGGUACGCUACAGUGCAGAGGGCCCUCAUAAAAGACAUUCAAGUACUGUUUACGUAUGAGGAGGACGCAAACCAGGGACCAAUGUUUGGGCUCUACAAUAUGGAGCUCACGGCUAUCAAGCCCAACUAUGAGGCUAUGAUUAAGCAAGGGCAGCUUAAAGUCACCGACAUGGGCAUUGCUACAAGUAAGUAAUGAUAAUAUUACUAGUUUUUAUCUU